AUGCUGAGGCCUGAGAUUUCAUCAACCUCUCCUGCCCCUGUGGCUUCCCUUUCAUUGGGAGAGGCUCUCUCACAGGCUCCCCGCUACAAUUUCGGACUCCAGGAGACUCCUCAGAGCCACCCUUCAGUGCAGGCCUCUGCAUCGCCAGCUGCUGGCACGUCUGGAGCUGCAGCGGACCGGAGCAGCAGCAGCAGUCUCCCACGCCAUCUGUCAGGUUCCCGGCCAGCUCAAGGUUCAUACUUUGGAAACAAAAAAUCUUACGCAGAAAACACAGUUGCAUCAAAUUUUACUUUGGGUAUAAGCUCAUCUUCUGGGCAAGAUACUAAUUAUCCACAAAUACUUAAAACUCCAUUGUCUGCUGGAAAUCCCCAGAAAUCAGGCUACAAAAGUUGGACACCACAAAUGGGAUAUUCAGCUACAUGCUCAUCUGCAGUUUCUGCACACUCCCCAUCAGUUAUUGUAGCUGUGGUUGAAGGGAGAGGACUUGCCAGAGGUGAAAUAGGAAUGGCAAGUAUUGAUUUAAAAAGUCCACAAGUUAUAUUAUCCCAGUUUGCAGACAACACAACAUAUGCUAAGGUGAUCACUAAACUCAAAAUUUUGUCACCUUUGGAAAUAAUAAUGUCAAAUACUGCUUGUGUUGUGGGGAAUUCAACCAAAUUGUUUACUCUGAUCACAGAAAAUUUCAGGAGUGUUAAUUUCACUACUAUCCAAAGGAAAUACUUCAAUGAAACAAAAGGAUUAGAGUACAUUGAACAGUUAUGCAUAGCAGAAUUCAGCACUGUCCUAAUGGAAGUUCAGUCCAAGUAUUACUGCCUUGCAGCUGUUGCAGCUUUGUUAAAAUAUGUUGAAUUUAUUCAAAAUUUAGUUUAUGCACCAAAGUCGCUGAAGAUUUGUUUCCAGGGUAGUGAACAGACAGCCAUGAUAGAUUCAUCAUCAGCCCAAAACCUUGAAUUGUUAAUUAAUAAUCAAGACUGCAGGAGUAAUCAUACUCUCUUUGGUGUUCUAAAUUAUACUAAGACUCCUGGAGGAAGUAGACGACUUCGUGCUAAUAUAUUAGAACCUCUAAUUGAUAUUGAAACCAUUAACAUGAGAUUAGAUUGUGUUCAAGAACUACUUCAAGAUGAGGAACUCUUUUUUGGACUUCAAUCAGUUAUAUCAAGAUUUCUUGAUACAGAGCAGCUUCUUUCUGUUUUAGUCCAAAUUCCAAAGCAAGACACGGUUAAUGCAGCUGAAUCAAAGAUAACAAAUUUAAUAUACCUAAAACAUACCUUAGAACUUGUGGAUCCUUUAAAGAUUUCUCUGAAGAACUGUAACACACCUUUAUUAAGAGCUUACUACGGUUCCUUGGAAGACCAGAGGUUUGGAAUCAUACUUGAAAAGAUUAAAACAGUGAUUAAUGAUGAUGCAAGAUACAUGAAAGGAUGCCUGAAUAUGAGGACUCAGAAGUGCUAUGCAGUGAAGUCUAACAUAAAUGAAUUUCUUGACAUAGCUAGAAGAACAUACACAGAAAUUGUAGAUGACAUAGCAGGAAUGAUAGCACAGCUUGCAGAAAAAUAUAGUCUUCCUUUAAGGACAAGUUUUAGCUCUGCUCGAGGAUUUUUCAUCCAGAUGACUACAGAUUGUACAGCCCUACCCAGUGACCAGCUUCCUUCAGAAUUUAUUAAGAUUUCUAAAGUGAAAAAUUCUUACAGCUUUACAUCAGCAGAUUUAAUUAAAAUGAAUGAAAGAUGCCAAGAGUCUUUGCGAGAAAUCUAUCAUAUGACUUAUAUGGUAGUGUGCAAACUGCUUAGUGAGAUUUAUGAAUAUAUUCAUUGCUUAUAUAAACUAUCUGACACUGUGUCAAUGCUGGAUAUGCUGCUGUCAUUUGCUCAUGCUUGCACUCUUUCUGACUAUGUUCGGCCAGAGUUUACUGAUACUUUAGCAAUCAAACAAGGAUGGCAUCCUAUUCUUGAAAAAAUAUCUGUGGAAAAACCUGUUUCCAACAAUACCUAUAUUACAGAAGGGAGUAAUUUUUUGAUCAUAACUGGACCAAACAUGAGUGGGAAAUCCACAUAUUUAAAACAGAUUGCUCUUUGUCAGAUUAUGGCCCAGAUUGGAUCAUAUGUUCCAGCAGAAUAUUCUUCCUUUAGAAUUGCUAAACAAAUUUUUACAAGAAUCAGUACUGAUGAUGAUAUUGAAACAAAUUCAUCAACAUUUAUGAAGGAAAUGAAAGAGAUAGCAUAUAUUCUACAUAAUGCUAAUGACAAAUCACUCAUAUUAAUUGAUGAACUUGGCAGAGGUACCAAUACAGAGGAAGGUAUUGGCAUUUGUUAUGCUGUUUGUGAAUAUCUUCUGAGCUUAAAGGCAUUUACACUGUUUGCUACACAUUUUCUGGAACUGUGCCAUAUAGAUGUGUUGUAUCCUAAUGUAGAAAACAUGCAUUUUGAAGUUCAACAUGUAAAGAAUACCUCAAGAGACAAAGAAGCUAUUUUGUAUACCUACAAACUAUCUAAGGGACUCACAGAAGAAAAAAAUUAUGGAUUAAAAGCUGCAGAGGUGUCAUCACUUCCACCAUCAAUUGUCUUGGAUGCCAAAGAAAUCACAACUCAAAUUACAAGACAAAUUUUGCAAAACCAAAGGAGUACCCCUGAGCUGGAAAGACAGAGAGCUGUGUACCAUCUAGCCACUAGGCUUGUUCAAACUGCUCGAAAUUCUCGACUGGAUCCAGACAGUUUACGAACAUAUUUAAAUAAUCUCAAGAAGAAGUAUGAAGAAGAUUUUCCCAGGGCUGAGCAAGUUCCAGGAAAGACUGAAGAGUAA